AUGAGUUCUUUCAGUGCGUUUAAUAAGAAUGCACUUGAUGUAUCCGAUCCAUCAGAAUGGCAAAAUUCAAAGCUUCCAAACUUAUCAGAGUUAGAAACUCUUGAACGAUGUUAUAUCUGUAAAGAAUUCUUCAAAGCUCCCGUCAUAACUGGUUGCAAUCAUACUUUUUGUUCACAAUGUAUAAGGCAAUAUUUAAUCACUAAUAAUCUAUGUCCAUUAUGUAAGAGUGAAGUAUUUGAAAGUAAUUUGAAGAGAGAUGUGUUAUUAGAGGAGAUUGUUACGUGUUAUGCCAGAAUACGACCUCAUUUAUUUAAAUUACUUGAACUUGAUAGAUUAGAACCAACUGAUUCAGAAACUAUGGAGAUAGACAGUCUGCCAAUUAUAAUAGAAAGAGAGAAUUUGAAACGUCCGGCAGAUAGUAGUGAUGAUAUAAUUGAAAUAGUGUCAGAAGAAGAAAUUCCAAAUUUGGGACUGAUUAGCAGUAGUGGUAGUACUCCGGAUCCAGAAGUUAAGAGACUUAAAUUGGAAAGUGAAGUGAAAGACGAUCCCGAUAAAGCUUCCUGUCCCGUAUGUGGAACAUCUAUGUCAAUAUCAUUUUUACAAAACCAACAUAUUGAAGAAUGUUUAAAUGGGAAAGUAACCACCAAACCGAAACCAUCAACAUCAUUUCCUGUUCAAUUAUCAAAGAAGAAAACUACAUCAAAGGGAGGUAUAGCAUCAUUCUUUAGGAAAAGGGAAACUAGUUCCUCAUCACCCAUCCCAUCCUCCAGUCCAACAUUAAAUCCUCAUGAAUCAUUAGGACAUUCUGAUUUCUACUUUAAAGAAGUUUCCAAGCAUUCAACUGAUAAUAAGAAAUUACCCAAAUUAGAUUUCCAAUCCUUAACUACUCCACGAUUAAAGGAGAAAUUAACUGCAUCACAAAUCCCUAUUAAUGGAACUAGAACUCAAUUAGAGUUACGAUAUAAUCAAUAUUAUGUAUUAUUCAAUUCAAAUUUGGAUAGUAAUCAUCCUGUAUCGGAAAAAGUAUUAAAACAACGGUUACAUCAAUGGGAAUUAUCACAUCUGGCGUUUAAAUCACCGUCAGGUGAUUUAUUCAGUAGUGGUCGAAGUUCAUUAAGUCAUAAAUCGAUAAGUUCAAAAACUUUUCUGGGUAAAGAAUGGAUAAAUGCGUAUCAGAGUGAAUUUAAAGAGUUAGUUGAAAAGGCACGAGCAUCCAUGAUGGUGGAUAAAAAGAAGGAAGUCGCUAUACUAGAAGAUCAAACAGGUGAUGAACUGGUUGAAAGUACUAGUAAUGAUAUUGCUCUACCCAUCGAGUCUAAAGCAGCGGAUUCCAAUGUAUCCGUCCCACCGGUGGAACCUAAGGAAGACAAUCUCUGUAUAUAG